AUGGAGCUCAUCAUGUCUCCCAACAAUGUGACCGAAUUCAUUCUCUUGGGACUCAUACAGAAUCUACAUUUGCAGAAAAUAUUCUUCAUUGUCUUUUUGUUGAUUAUCCUAUUCACUGUGCUCGCCAACCUGCUCAUUGUCAUAACCAUGAAAGCCAUCUCCUUCAGUUCUACACUUUUGGCUUCUAUGUAUUCUUUUCUCACUUACUUGGCCUUAUUAGAUGCCUCCUUCACUUCUGUCAGCACCCCCAAAAUGAUCACUGACCUGCUGUACCAGAGGAGAACCAUUUCUUGGGGUGGCUGUCUGACUCAGCUCUUUUUAGAACACUUCCUGGCAGGAUCAGAAGUGAUCAUCCUCACUGUCAUGGCCUAUGACCUCUAUGUGGCCAUCUGCAAGCCUCUGCACUACACGGCCAUCAUGCGACAGGGGCUCUGCCAGCUCCCGGUGGUGGUGGUGGCCUGGAUCGGGGGGAUUCUACAUGCCACUGUAAAGAUUCUCUAUAUGGCUGACAUGACCUUCUGUGGUUCCAAUGUUAUUGACGAUUUCAGAUGUGAUUUUUUUCCUCUGUUGAAACUUGCUUUCAGCGACACCUACAUGCUGGGAAUUGUGGUGGCAACUAACAGUGGAGGCAUAAUUUUCCUGCUCCUCAUCUCCUACAUCAUCAUCUUGAGCUCCCUGAAAUCCCAUGGCUCUGAAGGACGACUCAAAGCCCUCUUUACAUGUGGCUCCCACUUUAUGGUAGUGGUGCUCUUUUUUGGUCCUUGUAUACUCAUUUACACACGUUCUAUGGCCACAUACCCUGUGGACAAGUGGGUGACUAUGUUCUUUAGAAUCCUCACUCCCAUGUUAAAUCCUAUCAUUUACACAGUGAGAAACACAGAGGUAAAAAAUGCGAUGAGGAAUUUGUUCAAGAGUAGAGUAAAUUAG